GAAUAAUUUUGGAGUGUGUGUGUUUUGCGGCUUAUUUGGCGGCUUAUAUCUGUUUUUUUUUUUAGUCUAAUUGAUUUCACUCAAAUUCGCUCGGAGUGGAAGCUGAUUUUUCCAGGGUAUAUUGAGAGACGGUUUAUGUGAUUGGUGAAAGUCAUCGGUGGAGUGAAUCCAAGAUCAUCAUCAAAUAGAUUAAUUCGAACAAUUUCAACAACUCUUUCCAAUCAUGUUUUUUGACUAUUCGUUGUUGAACCGGAGGAAUGGCAAGUUCUCGCUGAUAUGGCUGAUAGUGAACGACCGGCUCGAGUACCGGCGCAGGACCGACAAACACUUCCGAGAGGUUAUGGCCGUCAAUGUGCCCAGAACAUGCGAGGACAUUAUCCGCUACAUCUGCGCCCAAAUGCCGGCGCACGCGGGCGGCGCUCGGCCGCGCUUCUCGCUGUACCUGUCCAGUAUGCUGAUGGCCGGCUGCGUCCGCGUCUACCACCACCAGACCUGCAUCCUCCUCAGCGAUGCAGCCAACGCCUUCGAGAGGUUGAUGAAAACUUCCUACAUCGGCGGCUGCCUCGAGGAUGACCCCGUGAACGUGCGCCGGGUGACUCUGAUGGUGGAUCCUCUGAGCCUGGUGCCGUCCGGUGACCCUUUCCAGCUGGGAUCGCUGUACGACAUCGACACCAUGCUCCAGCUGGGCGUGCCUGAGGAGCCGCCUCCGGAGCAGGAGGGUGACUUACCGACGGCUGCGACGGCCGGUCGUCAGCCUCGCCAGCAGGAGCCGCCGGCGUACAACCCGAACCUGGCCCGCGUCAGUGACAUCACACUUAGGGAGGAGGACAGGUCCGAGCGCCAGCAGCAUGUGCUUGAGGACUUUGGCGAGCCGCUGCUGCCUCAUCAGCGACCCGUGGAUCCCUUCCUGGAGCUGGAGCUGGAGCUGGCGCCCGGGCGGCACACGGAGCCGGCCGCCGGCCCGCUGCCGCCGCCGCCGCCCCCGCCGCCGCCCGGGCUCCGCGUGAGCCCGCCGCCGGCGGAGCCGCGGGAGCGGGCCGCAGCCGCCGGCCCAGAGGAGGUUCCGCCGCCUGAGGAGCCGCGGCAGCGGGCGUCCGAGCCCGUACAGCAUCUGCUUCUGAACGCUGCCGCCAGAGGUGUCCACUCUCCGCGGGCGAGCGGCGCAGGUGACGGCGUGCCCCUGCUGGGCGACCUGGAGGGGGAGGCGCCGCCCCCGCCCCCGACUGGAGAAGAGCAGCCCCCGCCCGGGGCUGGAGAAGAGCAGCCGCCGCCGCCUCCUGAGGAGACGACUCUACCGGCAAUGGCGGCUCCUGCCGCGACAAUACAGGCUGAGAUCGAGGCGACUCCGCAGCGCGCUGGCGAUGGGACGGUGCCGCAGGCCGGGAGGCCCAGUCGCCGCCGGGCGCCGCCCGCCGCUGACGUCACCAUCGAGGAGCCGCCCCCGCCCCCGCCCCCGCCCCCGCCCCAGCCCCAGCCCCAGCAACAGCCGCGGUCAGCUGACGAACAGCGUCCGUCAGACUCCCUGCAGCUGCCGGAGAUGCCGCCUCCGGCUCCGCCGGUGCGCCAUGGUCGCCGGCGUCGUCUCGCUGUCGACUCUGCCAUCGAGCUGGACAGGGAGGCCAUUCGACGCCGAAUGGACGAGGGAGCGUACGACACACUGCGAGCGGCGACAGCCACCGAGGACAACGUGGAGGCACCCAGCGCGCGCCUGACUCCAGCGGCAGAGCUGCUGCUGCGGCCCGGCCGCCGGGUCGGCGGUCCCCUGGCCAGACUGCACCAGAGAUGCUGCGUAACACGGCCCGAGCGGGACUGGUCCUGGCACGUCGACGAGGCACAGGAGCCGGCCGUCGCGGAGCGUCGUCGUGAGCGGACCGUGGAGCCGGAGCCGCCGCAGCCGGAGGCACAGCGAGAUCGGACGGGCACCAUGAGCGGGUCUGGAUCCCUGCUGUCGGCCUCCGACCUGCCCAGCGCUAGGUCGUCGGUUGGCCAGCAGCUCUCGUUUAGGGCUGGUGCGACCCCAUCGACCUCGGAAAACCUGCCCAGCAUCACCGAGGACCAGGAACAGACCCCGGGUGGCCGGCUUUCGACGCUGGCACCGGUGGUGGAGCAGCUGGUUCCUCCAAUGGAGCAGCUGGUUCCUCCCCCAGAGGAGCAGCAGCUGGUUCACCCGCCCAUAGAGGAGCAGCAGAUGGUUCACCCGCCCAUAGAGGAGCAGCAGCAGGUGGUUCACCCGCCGAUGGAAGAGCAGCAUGUUCCUUCAAUGGAACAGCAGGUUCCUCCAAUGGAGCAGCAACAGGUCCCUACAAUGGAACAGCAGGUUCCUCCAGUGGAACAGCAGCAGUUCCUUCCCCCGCCAAUGGAGGAGCAGCAGAUUCCUUCAAUGGAACAGCAGUUCGUCCCCCCACCGAUAGAAGAACAGCAGCUCCCUCCCGUGGAACAGCAGCAGAUCGUCCCCCCACCUAUGGAGGAGCAGCUGAUGCCGCCGCCUCCACCUCGAGACCAGCGGAGGCCGUCACCAGAGGAGCGCCGCGGACCGACCGCCGCCCCCGCGCCGGCUGAUGUCGGCGCGGGUGACCGCAGCGGCUCCAGUGGACGGACCACGAGCAGCGAGGAGGCACCCCCCACCCAGAGUCCGCCCAUGUAUUACGGCUCGGCCAGUCAGUUCCGCUCUGCCAGUCUGGUACCGGAGGACGUACCCAACUGGCUGAGCCGCUGGGCGCCCGCCGGCCCGCUGUCGUUCUCUCAACUGGCGCCUCCGUCAACAACCAGCGCGCAGCAGGCGGCCGCUACGUUCGCGCACCUGCUGCAACUGCACGCGGAGAGGGCCGUUGUGCUGAGCCAGGACGAGCCCUACGGCGAGAUAACCGUCAGGGCCCUCCUGUAGUGGCAGAGAACGCCGCCCGGCGUCGUGCGCACGACCUGACUGUGACGUUCGUCGGUGCGCGUCCGUCUCAGGGCGAAAGAAAUCCUCGAGAGAGUGGCCGGCUUGGCGCAACGCUGCACCGUCCUCGAGGAACGGUAGUGAUGCUGCCGUUGAUGCAGCGAGUUGUUUACGUGUUUGACGUCCUAUUUUACUGUUUGUGUUGACAGUUGCGUGUUUAACGUAUUUAUUGAUUCAUUAUGGUCAUAUGUCGUGCUUUGUUGCCGACAUUUUAUGAAGUCGUUAUAUACAGCUAGUAAAAUCAAUUUCAUGUAGGUAGUUGGGCAAUCGUAAGGUGUUGCUCAGAGUACAAGAGGUUUCAUGACAGUAUUAUCGUAGAAUAUUUUUAUGAAUGGAUAAUAUGUUUCACUUGCUCAUCGAAAUAAGAUAUCAGGAUUUGACCAUCUGCAAUACCAUAAAACGUGUUCUUGUUCAUCAUUGUUCAUCAUGACAUUGCUAAACACGGAAUACACAUUUCAUCUACAAA